AUCGCCAUUUAAUUUUCACGGCCGGAGUUUCCAUCUGCCACUCGCCCACCGUCCGUUGCGAGCUGGAAGCCAUCGCCCAUGGCGUCCGCCGUAACCCUACCGACAUCCUUGACGAGACCAAGUGACGGCAGACUCAACAGCAGCAUGGGGCACUGGAUCCGUAGGCGAAGCCAUUAAUGGAGCACAAGCGGACACAUCAAUCACACCACCAGUCGGCGUCAUCCCUUGCUCGGAAGGAUCCCCACGUAUAUGCCCUCAAAUGCCGGCCCCACUCCGCUGCUCUCUCUUCAUGUUCUCCUUCACGGUCGCAGCAGCCAUUCUGACAAAUCCUAAAGCUUCUCGUCUCACUGAUCUUCUUCCCUGAAUUUUCAGGUGCGGGACUUGUAUUUCUUACAGAAAUUCUCAUCUCAUCAACAUUCUCAAUGCUGAAAUCCUCCCUUCACACCCUUUUCUUCACUGCUCUUAUUUUCCUUUUUGUUGCUCGGAUCUCUUAUUCUUAUUCGAUAACAUUCGAGACCACUGUGCUUCUUGAAAUAAAAAAUCAGUUGGAAGAUCCUCUGGGUGUUCUUGAGAGCUGGAAUUCCUCCCAAUCUCCCUGCGAGUUUGCUGGUGUACACUGUGACAUUGAUUCUGGCCAAGUAGUUGGCAUCUCCCUCCGAAACAUCUCUUUAUCAGGCAAGCUUUCGCCAUCAAUCUCUCUUUUGCUCAACCUAACCACUCUUGAUCUUGGAGGAAACAAUCUCUCAGGCACUGUCCCUUCUACUUUAGCCAAUUGUUCAAACCUCAGCUUUCUCAAUCUCUCUACAAAUAAUUUCGGUGGCUAUAUGCCUGAUCUUUCAUCUCUGCAGAACCUACAAGUUCUUGAUGUGUCAGCUAAUGGCUUCACCGGAAAGUUCCCUUCAUGGGUCGGCAAAAUGCCAGACUUAGUUCAGCUUGGCCUGGCGGAGAACAACUUUGAUGCUGGACAGAUACCGGAAAAUAUUGGCUACUUGAAGAACUUAACAUGGCUUUUCUUGAGUCAAUGCAAUCUUCAAGGGGAAAUUCCAGCCUCUAUCUAUGAAUUGACAUCACUAGGAACAUUGGAUUUCUCCCGCAACCAGAUCUCAGGGAAUAUAUCACCAGCUAUCUCCAAUUUAAGCAAUAUUUUCAAGAUCGAGCUCUACCAGAACAAUUUAACCGGAGAAAUCCCACCUGAGCUUGCCAAUCUCACUCUGCUACGCGAAUUUGACAUCUCACGUAAUCGGUUUACAGGGGAGUUUCCUCCUGCGAUGGGUAACCUGAAGAAGUUAACAGUCUUCCAUGUAUACACAAAUGGUUUCUGGGGUGAACUCCCUCGAGGAUUUGGAGACUUGGAGUUUCUUGUGUCAUUCUCUAUCUACAAGAAUAACUUUUCUGGAGACUUUCCAGUCAACCUUGGACAGUUUGCUCCUCUCAACAAAAUAGAUAUUUCAGAGAACAACUUCUCUGGUAACUUCCCGAGGUUUUUGUGCCAAAACAAGAAGUUGGAAUACUUGCUUGCUCUUAACAAUAAUUUCUCAGGUGAGUUUCCUGGAUCAUAUGCUGAGUGCAAAACUUUGUUGAGGUUCAGAAUCAGUCAAAACAUCUUCACAGGGACAGUUCCAGAUGGACUGUGGGGACUGCCGUCUGCCAUGAUCAUCGAUAUAGCUGACAAUAACUUCAUCGGAGGGAUACCUCCUGACAUAGGCAUGACAGCUAAUUUAACUCAGUUGUAUGUGCAGAAUAACAAGUUUUCUGGGCAACUUCCAGCAGAGUUUGGAAAUCUUUCCCAGCUACAAAAGCUAUUUGCUUUUAAUAAUUCAUUUUCUGGUGAGUUACCCUCUCAAUUAGGAAAUCUGAAGCAAUUGUCAUCUCUGCAUUUGGAAGGCAAUGCAUUUACAGGAAGAAUACCAUCAGAACUUGGACAGUGUGAUAGCUUGGUAGAUCUCAAUCUUGCACAAAACUCGCUAAGUGGCAACAUUCCAGAAGCACUAGCUUUGCUCUCUUCGCUGAAUUCACUUAAUCUUUCGAAAAACUUUAUCACAGGCCCAAUCCCUAGUGGUUUACUAACCCUGAAGCUGAGUUCUCUUGAUUUAUCAGAUAACCAGCUAUCAGGAAGAAUUCCAUCUGAUCUUCUUCUGAUUGCUGGAGAUGAAGCAUUUGUCAGGAAUCAGGGUCUCUGCAUAGACAAGACUCUGGAAGAUGAGAGGUAUAAGAAUCUGAGCAUUUGUAGUAUGAGCCAAAGCCAAAAGGGUAAAAUGAGCAAGCGAAUAGUUGUCAUGCUCACCGUAUUAUUGGUGAUGGUUGUUCUUCUUCCUGGCUUAGCCUUUGCGAGCUACCAAAGCUUCAAACUUGAAGAGAAGCACAGAAUAAGAGAUAUGGAAGAAGGAAAAGAAAAGGGUUCAGAAUGGAUGCUCGAAUCAUUCCACACUACAGAAUUAGACCCAGAAGAGAUAGCAAACUUGGAUGAAGAAAAUUUGAUUGCAUGUGGAGGUACAGGUAAAGUUUAUCGCCUAGAUUUGAACAAGAACCGAGGUUCUGUUGCUGUGAAGAAACUAUGGAAGACGGUUGGUGCAAAAAUUUUGACAGCUGAAAUGGAUAUCAUGGGGCUGAUCAGGCACAGGAACAUACUGAAACUGUAUGCCUGCUUGACUGGAAAGGGUUCAAAUUACUUGAUCUUCGAGUAUAUGACAAAUGGAAAUCUCUACCAGGCUCUGCACAGGCAGAUCAAAGGUGGGCAGUCAGAGUUGGAUUGGAGCAAGCGGUACAAGAUUGCACUGGGGGCAGCCAAGGGUAUCAUGUAUCUUCACCACGACUAUUCUCCAGCGAUUAUUCACAGAGACAUAAAAUCAUCAAACAUACUUCUAAACGAAGAAUAUGAAGCAAAGAUUGCAGAUUUUGGGAUCGCCAAGUUUGCCGAAGGCUCAUAUUCAAGUUGCUUCGCUGGUACGCAUGGCUAUAUAGCUCCAGAACUAGCAUAUUCUCCUAAGGCAACCAAGAAGAGCGACAUAUAUAGCUUUGGAGUAGUUCUGUUGGAAUUGAUCACCGGCCACAGUCCUAAUGAUCCUCACUUUGGAGGAGAAGACAUCGUCUCCUGGGUCUCCUUCCAUAUUGAUAAUCAAAAUCUCGCUGAAAUCUAUGAUCCCAGGAUGUCAAUUUUUGCAGAAGAGGGUAUGGGGAAGGUGCUCAAAAUUGCGAUUCUCUGCACCAACAAGCUACCAUCUCCUCGCCCUACAAUGAGAGAGGUGGUUAACAUGCUUAUCAAUGCAGAUCCUAGCUCAGCCGCCGCAGGUGCAAAGGACUCCAGCAAGAACUGCUAG